UUUUCGCCAACCUCUCGGAGAAUGUAGGGGCAGUCUAGCUCCAGUCACGUCAGCAGGAAGCACCCCCGACGGACCCCGGCCGCGCGCUUCCCCCAGCCGCCCAAGAUAGCGAUAGGAAUAGUCAUGACAGAGAGCUCCCCGAAGAUUGGGAAAAUAUUCAUCGGCGGCUUGUCGUACGAGACGACCGACGAUAAGCUGCGGGCAUACUUUGGUGCAUACGGCGCCGUCACGGACGCGGUCGUGAUGAAGGACCCGAUCUCGCGGCGCUCGCGCGGCUUUGGCUUUAUCACGUACGCCGACCCCGCCUGCGUGGAUCGCGCAUUAGCCCAGCCCAACCACGUGCUCGACAACCGCCGGGUCGAGGCGAAGCGGGCCGUGCCACGCGCCGAGAGCAGCCGCGACACAAGUAGUAUCUCCACUAGGGGGAAUGUUAGUGCAGGAUCCAGCGUCAGCUCCGCGAGUGCGGUCGGCGCCACAAAAAAGAUCUUUGUCGGUGGCCUCCACUACGAGACCAAGGACGCCGAGUUCAAGACGUACUUUCAGCAGUUUGGCAAGGUCGUCUCGGCCGAAGUCAUGUUCAACCGCGAGACCAACAAGUCGCGUGGCUUUGGCUUUGUCAUUUUCGAGACGGAAGCCAGCGUCGAACUCGUGCUGCAAGACAAGACACACGUCAUUGACGGCAAGUCGGUCGAAGUCAAGCGCGCCGUGCCACGCACCGACGCCCCGCCCACGACGACAAGCAGCGUCCGGUCCAUCUCGAACCGCGGUGGCUCGUUUAGCGGCCAGUCGAGCGACCACGAACUCCUCAGUCCGCGCUCGACGCCGACGUCCCCGAUGACCAAGUCGUCCAGUAGCCACCACCACCUCGUUAGCUCUAGUUUUAGUCCCCUCGACCCCGGCAUGAGCGGGUACGCCGCGGCCGUGCGAUAUGGCGGCGGCCGGUCGACCCCCAACCAAAGUAGUAUGUUGGACCACAGCCUCGUGGACCGUCUCGACAGCAUGUCCCUCGACGGCAAGGACCCGACGCUCGACGACGACGAGAAUGUGCCCAACGGCUCGAUGCUGCACGGCUGGACGAGUCAAAAGUACAGCAGUAUGCCGCCGCCGCAGUACGAGUACCACGGCCACCCGCACCAUCCGCACCACCACCAGCAACCUCAUCACCACCCGUCGCACAUGCCCCGCGGCUACCCGCCCAACCAGCCGCCCCACUGGCAGCCGCAGUGGCGCCACUGGCAGGACGCGCCGCCGACGCCCGACCAGGUCGGGCCCCACGCCGACCAAGUGCCGCCGUCCAACCUCUUUGGCAUGUUUGCGUCGGCCGACUCGGCGACGCACGCCUCGUGGGACCCGCCGGCGCCCUACAACGAGAGCGGAAGCAGCAGCAGCUUUGGCUUUAGCAACAGCUUUCGCCCAGCGACCGCCUUUGGCAUGGACGUGGGCCUGCACAGCGCCGAGUUUCAAGACCACAGCGACGACCUCGACGGGCCGUUCAGCCGCCGCUUUGGCGGCAUGGGCGAGAAGAAGAAGGCGUACCAGCCGCCCCGCCACGACGAGUACCCGCCGGCCGCCAAUUACAGAUAAGAAGUGAGAUGCGACGAAGUAGUCGUCGUCGCCCAGUAGAAGCAGGAAGCGUGUAUAAGCCACCAUAAUAGCAGCCUCGAUUAGCUAGGAUCACAA